AUGGGUGGCAAGGGAAAGGCUGGUCGGACCAUCCUUAGAAACGCCAUGUUGCUGGUAGAGGAUUACCGUGUCGCAAAUGCUCCUAAAACAGAGCACACGGUGGCUCCUACUAGACCGGUCUCCUGGCAACCUCCAAGUCACGGGUUUUACAAAGUGAAUAUUGACGAGGCGGUCUUCUCAAAAAGGAAACAAGCUAGGGCAGGGGUGGUCAUUAGAGAUGGAGAAGGUGAAGUGAUCGCUGCUCUCAGCAAACAGUGGAAAUUCCCGCUAGGAGCAACUGAGGCUGAAGCAAAAGCAUGGGAAGCUGGUAUACUCUUCUCCAAGGACGUGGGGGUCAGAGAUGUGGAAUUUGAGGGAGACUCGUUGGAAGUUUGCAAUGCUUUACAAGGCUUGACAUCCCCACCCUCAUCUGUGGCUAAUGUUCUUAUUGGUUUUUUAAACCAUGUCUCAUUUUUUAGGCAAUGGAAGGUGUCCCACAUUAAAUGGCAGGGAAAUGUCCCUGCCCACUUACUAGCCCAACAUGCUCACAUGUUGGUGAUUAUGUUGCAUGGCUAG